AAAAAAAAGUCGUUGUAGAAGCAGCUUAAGGCCAUAAACCAAACCAAACCAAACCAAACCAAUUGUGUCUUAAAAUGGAAGAAAAUGGCAUGUGAGAUAGUGGAUUUCAGUCAUUUCAUUAAAGAAAUGUUUGAUUCAUUAAGAUCACUAGAAUGGGUGGUUGCAUAGGCAUAACGAGAGGCAGAAAUGCCUCUGUUGACUCUGCCAAUUCCACAAGGACAAAUUCAGGAAAUUCAAGAAAAAAUCAUCCACUAUGUCACGAAGUUAUUAGAUGGAAAUCAGAUGUUCCUUUAACAGAGGGACAAUUGAGAAGUAAACGAGAUGAAUUUUGGGAUACUGCACCGGCUUUUGAUGGCCGAAAAGAAAUAUGGGAUGCACUUAGAGCUGGGGCAACAGCAGCCGAAGCACAAGAUUAUCAAUUAGCACAAGCUAUUCUCGAUGGAGCUAAUAUUUCUGUGCCUAAUGGAUUUUUGACUGAAUGUUACGAUGAAUUAGGAACACGGUAUCAAGUUCCCAUCUAUUGUUUAUCUUAUCCAAUCAAUAUUGUCAAAGAAGAUUGUGGCAGAGAUUCUCCUGCUGAUUGCUCAGAACCUGUUGAUGGAGGUACUGAAAUGACGUUGAAACUUAGGUUAUCUACUACAAUGGGUGAUGUUAAACUACCUGUUUACAGUAAAGACACGAUUGGUGUUGCGAAGAAAAAAUUACAGAGUCAAGAAGGUUUAGAACCAUCGCGACAAAGGUGGUUUUUCGGUGGUAAAUUGAUGGGCGACAAAAUGCACAUCGAAGAAGCGAAGAUUCAACCUGGUUACGUAAUACAGGUGAUCGUAAAUCCAGAAAAAACAGAUGACAGUCCAACAAAGACCAGUUGAAUGCAAAUUCAAUCGAUUUUCAUACUUUUAUCUAUUAUGACAAGCACAUUCCUUUAAAUUUUAGUAUCAAUAAAACAAAAACUUAUCAAUUUUUGCAGAAAAAAAACUUGAAGAGCAUUUCUCUUUUAAUUAUUUUAUUUCUCUACUUUAAUAAACAAAAAAAAACAACUGUUUUUUUAUCCUGCACUCUGCAUAAUGUUUCAACAUAUCGUCACAAAGUGUACUAAGUCCUAAUAAUUCUUUUAUUUUAAUUUAUUUUUAAUAUAAUUCUUUUAUUAUUCAAGAUAUUUAUAUAUUAUGAAUAAAAAAAAAACAUAUACAGUCUUAAAAAGCAUAAUAUGAAAAAAUUUAUAUUAUAAAAGAAUAAAAAAAAAAUUGUAUUAUAAGAAAUACGAUGUAAAAAAAAUAUUAUUGAAUUGAUAAUUCAUUGGGUUGUGAGUAAAUGAGGAAUGUGCUGGUUAUUGAAUUAAAGUAAAAAAGAAAAGAAAAACAAGAAACGCUAUAACACUCGACGUGUUCAGGGGUAUAUACACUGUAUGUAUAUAUAU